AUGAUUUUCCUGCUCCUUCUGACCCUUCCCCUCCUGGGAAACUCAGUCCCUGUGAUUCGAGAGAAGCAGGAGCCUAGGAUUGUUGGGGGCGUUGAUGCUCAGGAGGGAGAAUGUCCAUGGCAGAUCAGUCUGAGGACAAAUGUUGGUGAUUCCUGGAUACAUUACUGUGGGGGCUCUCUCAUUGACCCCAGUUGGAUCCUGACUGCUGCCCACUGCUUUACUCAAUAUGGAAAGGAAACUUCACAAUAUAUGAUCCAAUUGAGGCAACAGAAUCUAUAUGAAGAUGACAACCUGGUGCCCCUGGAAGAGAUCAUCAUUCACCCUAAGUACACUGAUUUCAGGUCAGGCUCUGACCUAGCCCUGCUAAAACUCCAGUCCCCUGUCCAGCUGAAUGCGAAUGUCCAAACCAUCAUGCUCCCUGAAGCCUCGCAGAUCUUCACUCCAGACAUGGAAUGCUGGGUCUCUGGUUGGGGGGACAUUGGAUUUGGAGUGGCUCUGCCCCCUCCCUACACCCUGAGAAAGGUUCAAGUUCUUGUGAUGGAUGCUCUUACCUGUGAUCAGGAAUAUCACGUUGAUAGCACAACUGACUCAUCUGAGAGAAUAAUCCAGGAUGACAUGUUGUGUGCUGGAUCAUCUGGCAAAGACUCCUGUCGGGGUGAUCCUGGUGGACCCUUGGUCUGUAAAGUCCAGGACUUCUGGAUCCAGGAUGGGGUGGUAAGUUGGGGAGAGGGUUGUGGUGCUCCCCACAGGCCCGGGGUCUACACUCUCAUCACAGCCUUUGUGGAUUGGAUCCAAUCAUAUAUAAAGUGA